UCAGAAUGUUGGUGCUGUUUUGGCGGCACGAGGGGGAUCUACACAAUAUUAGGCAGGUGCUUUUAAUGUUGUGGCUGAUCGGUGUAUAUUACACCGUGUACAGUGCAUGUCGAAGUUUGGAAUCUGGCGCUAUUUUGUCCCACUUCAAGAGAAGAGACUGGACUUUUAUUCUAGAUGGACUUUCAACCGGAAAUAGUAGUUUAGACGGAUGCUAGCAGAUUGAGCGCUGUCGUUUGUUUUGUGCAGAACAGGGGCACACCGCUGCACUGAAUAACUUACCAACCCUGUGAAUACUUUGUUUAUUACCGUCUAUAUACUCGUGAGGGUGAUUUACACUAUGCCGUAUGCCAACCAGCCUACAGUGAAAAUCACAGAGCUAUCAGACGAGAAUGUGAAGUUUGUGAUCGAGAACACCGAUCUCGCUGUGGCAAACUCUAUUCGACGUGUGUUCAUGUCAGAGGUUCCAACCAUCGCUAUAGAUUGGGUUCAGAUUGAUGCCAACUCUUCUGUGCUCCAUGAUGAGUUUAUUGCUCACAGAGUGGGGUUGAUUCCACUUACAAGUGAUGAUAUUGUCGACAAGAUGCAGUACUCAAGGGACUGCACAUGUGAUGAUUUCUGUCCGGAAUGUUCGGUUGAACUCACGUUAGAUGUCAGAUGUACAGAGGAUCAGACACGACACGUGACCUCUCGAGAUCUCCUUUCCAAUAACCCUAGAGUCAUCCCUGUAACAUCCAGAAGUCGAGACAACGAUCCCAAUGACUACGUAGAGCAAGAUGACAUCCUGCUGGUGAAACUGCGAAAGGGCCAAGAGUUGCGUCUAAGAGCGUAUGCUAAAAAGGGUUUCGGCAAGGAACACGCCAAGUGGAACCCUACUGCGGGGGUGGCCUUUGAGUAUGACCCAGACAAUGCACUGAGACACACUGUGUACCCCAUUCCACAGGAAUGGCCUAAAAGUGAAUAUACAGAGAUUGAAGAGGAAGAUAGGUUUGAAGCUGUAUAUGAUCCCAACGGCAAGCCAGAGAAGUUCUAUUAUAAUGUGGAGUCCUGUGGUUCACUCCGGCCGGAGACUAUCGUCAUGUCAGCUUUUGCCGUGCUAAAGAAGAAACUGAGUGAUCUGCAAACACAGCUCAGCCAUGAAAUUCAGAGUGAUGUGCUCACCAUAAACUGAAGUUCAGUUGGCAAAAUGUAUUAUACUGCUUUUUUUAAGUUUAGAUUAAAGAGGAAUUUGUGGGGAUAUAUAUUGUUUCAGUUGUUAUGUUUUUCCUUUGAUGAAACCAUCCUAUGAAGGGUGGACAAUUCUAUGGAUAAUAAAUGUAAAACAUUUUUGUGAAA